UUUUUAUUUUAUAUGAAUUAAAAAAAAUGACUGAUAAGCUCAUUACCAUCUUCACAUAGACACACUAUUUUAUCACUUUAUCGUUUUUAUUUCAUGCACUGAUCACUAAACAUAUAUAUAUAUAUAUAUAUCAUCUCUCUCUCUCUUUCAGGAUCAAUCAUUCAAACACUGAAAUACCUUCAUCAGUUUAGUGAAAGGUGCUGUUGUUUGAUUUUGAAUGGUGGAUGAUGAAUUGUAAAAAGAGUUUAAAUAAUUUGGCUAAUCAUUAUUUUAAAGUAAACUAUAAGGGGCAAAAUGCUUGGGAAUGGAGUUGUUGGAAUCCUAUCAGAGUCCGUGAAUAAAUGGGAAAGAAGGGUGCCUUUGACACCAUCACACUGCGCUCGGCUUUUACACAGUGGGAGAGAUAGAACUGGAGUGGCUCGCAUAAUUGUGCAGCCAUCUACUAAGAGAAUUCAUCAUGAUGCAAUGUAUGAGGAUGUUGGCUGUGAAAUAUCUGAAGAUUUAUCUGAAUGUGGCCUCAUUUUGGGCAUUAAACAACCAAAGCUGGAAAUGAUCCUUCCUGAUAGAGCUUAUGCCUUCUUUUCUCAUACUCACAAGGCACAAAAAGAAAACAUGCCUUUGCUUGAUAAGAUUCUUGCAGAAAGGGCGUCAUUGUAUGAUUAUGAGCUUAUCGUUGGGGAUCAUGGGAAACGGCUGCUUGCGUUUGGGAAAUAUGCUGGCAGAGCAGGACUAGUUGAUUUCUUCCGUGGGUUAGGACAGCGGUACCUAAGUCUUGGGUAUUCAACGCCUUUCCUCUCAUUAGGUUCAUCUUACAUGUAUUCUUCCUUGGCUGCUGCCAAAGCUGCUGUAAUUUCUGUGGGCGAAGAGAUAUCAAGUUUGGGAUUGCCGUCAGGAAUCUGUCCUCUAGUGUUCAUAUUCACAGGAUCAGGAAAUGUUUCCCAAGGCGCACAAGAAAUUUUUAAACUUCUUCCUCAUACUUUUGUUGAACCAAGCAGACUUGCAGAACUUUUUGCACAAGCCAGGGAUCCCCAUCAACCUUCAAGGACAUCAAAGAGAGUAUAUCAAGUAUAUGGUUGUGUGGUGACUAGUCAAGACAUGGUUGAACACAUAGAUCCUUCCAAAACGUUUGAUAAAGCUGACUAUUAUGCACAUCCAGAACACUACAAACCCAUUUUUCAUGAAAAGAUAGCCCCAUAUGCAUCUGUCAUUGUCAAUUGUAUGUACUGGGAGAAAAGAUUUCCUAGAUUGUUAAGUACCCAGCAACUUCAAGAUCUAAUGAGGAAAGGAUGUCCUCUUGUUGGAAUUGCUGAUAUAACUUGUGAUAUUGAAGGCUCUAUUGAGUUUAUUAACCAAACCACAUCAAUUGACUAUCCAUUCUUCAGAUAUGAUCCCUUAAAAGAUUCAUACCAUCAAGACAUGGAGGGGAAUGGUAUAAUAUGUUCUUCUGUUGAUAUUCUUCCUACGGAGUUUGCAAAGGAGGCUUCCCAACAUUUUGGAGACAUACUAUCCCAAUUUAUUGGCAGUUUGGCAUCUACAACUGACACUAACAAGUUACCUUCACAUCUAAGGAGAGCUUGUAUAGCUCAUGGAGGAGAAAUUGCCCCCUUGUUUGAGUAUAUUCCACGCAUGCGAAACUCUGAUUCAGAAGAUAUGCCAGAAAAUUUAAAUUCUAGCAAGAAGAAAUUCAAUAUAUUGGUAUCUCUAAGUGGUCACCUAUUUGAUAAGUUUUUGAUAAAUGAGGCUUUAGAUAUUAUUGAAGCUGCUGGUGGUGCCUUUCAUUUGGUCAAGUGUCAUGUGGGGCAAAGUGCUGAUGCUACAUCAUACUCAGAACUCGAAGUUGGCGCAGAUGAUAGAGAAGUUCUGGAUCAAAUUCUUGAUUCUUUAACAUCUCUUGCUAAUCCUGAUGAAAAUCAAGGCCACUUAGAUAAAGAAGCAAAUAAAUUUUUCUUGAAGGUUGGUAAAGUCCAGGAGAAUGGCAGUAGAAAGGACUGUGAUACAAAAAGGAAGGCUUCAGUUCUAAUUAUUGGUGCGGGCCAUGUCUGUCGACCUGCUGCUGAGUUCUUAGCAUCGAUUGGAAACAUUUCAUCUCGUGAAUGGUAUAAAGCUUGCCUGGACACUGACUUUGAAGAGCAGAAUGAUGUCCAAGUCAUUGUUGCAUCUCUCUAUCUCAAGGAUGCUGAAGAGAUAAUUGAUGGAAUUCCCAAUGCAACAGCAGUUCAGCUUGACGUGAUGGAUCAUGAAAGGCUUUGCAAGUAUAUCUCACAGGUUGAGGUUGUUGUGAGCUUACUUCCCCCUAGUUGCCACAUUGUCAUAGCAAAUGCAUGCAUCAAGCUUAACAAACAUCUUGUCACUGCUAGCUAUGUUGAUGAUUCUAUGUCAGCGCUAGAUGAAAAGGCAAAAGCUGCUGAUAUUACAAUUCUUGGCGAGAUGGGCUUGGACCCUGGAAUAGAUCACAUGAUGGCAAUGAAGAUGAUCAACCAAGCCCAUGUCCGGAAGGGGAGAGUAAAGUCUUUUACUUCUUACUGCGGGGCUCUUCCAUCUCCUGCAGCUGCAAAUAAUCCACUGGCAUACAAGUUCAGUUGGAAUCCUGCUGGAGCCAUCCGAGCUGGGCGCAAUCCUGCCACCUACAUGUCUCAUGGUGAAAUUGUAAAUGUUGAAGGUGAUAAUCUUUAUGAUUCAGCUGUCAAACUUCGCCUACCUGAUCUUCCAGCUUUUGCCUUAGAAUGUCUUCCAAAUCGAAACUCUCUAGUUUAUGGGAAAGUUUAUGGAAUAGAAGAAGCAUCAACUAUCUUUCGUGGAACAAUCCGCUAUGAAGGAUUUGGUGAAAUAAUGGGAACACUAGCUAAAAUUGGUCUGUUUAGUACUGAAUCUCACUCAUACCUUAGAUGUAAACAAAGAACAACAUUCCAAGGAUUCCUCUGUGAACUACUAGACAUUCACGGUGAAAUCACAGAUGGGGUUCUGUUAGGAGAGGAAGACAUUACUGAAAAGCUCGUGACACUUGGACAUUGCAAGGAAAAAGAAACUGCAGUGAAGGCAGCCAAAACUAUAAUAUAUUUGGGACUUCAUGAGCAAACAGAAAUUCCUGCUUCAUGCAAAAGUCCAUUUGAUGUUACCUGUUUCCGCAUGGAAGAAAGGUUGACGUAUUCCAGUGCAGAACAGGAUAUGGUGCUUUUGCAUCAUGAAGUUGAGGUAGAAUUCCCUGAUGGCAAGCGUACGGAGUAUCACAGAGGCACUUUACUGGAGUUCGGGACAACGAAGAAAGGGAAAACAAUUACUGCCAUGGCUCUCACAGUUGGUAUUCCAGCUGCCAUUGGGGCUCUGCUCUUACUUGAGAACAAGAUCAAGACAAAAGGUGUUGUGAGGCCUAUUGAACCCGAAGUAUACGUGCCAGCAUUGGAUAUAUUACAAGCUCAUGGCAUCAAGUUGAUUGAGAAGGUCGAGUAAAACCCUUUAACUAUUGGUUGGACUUGCAAUGAUUGGAGUGCUAAUCCAAUAUAUGAAAUUCUUCACCUAAAAAACUCCACAAGUCUAUCAAACAAUCAUCAGAGCCUGGAAUAGAGAAAGGGAAUUUGAGAAGGUACUGGCGAGUGGUUAUGGCCAUACAAUGCAACACAUUUGGCUAGCAUACAUCCUGGCAAAGAAAAAAUGGGCAUAUAUGCUGUUGUGCUUAUUUACAAGUAUCAGUAUAUAAGUAUUGACUUUGCUUUUACCUGUACAGCAGAUGCGUGCUUCGCAUUUCAUAAUCUCUGUAUUAAGAUACAAGUUGAUUUUGUGGAGAAUGGUACUCUAAGCUAAAUAGUUAUUGUGGAGAAUGGUACUCUAAGCUAAAUAGUUAAAAGCAUUCAGCGGUCACAUAUUAUCAGA